AUGGAUGCUUCUGAAAAAGAUGAGGUGCCUAUGCUAUCAACGGCGCAGUUGCUAUCCAAUGAGCGCAAUACUCCAAUCUGGAUUUCAUCCAUGACUAGGAGUGCGUCAAUGUCUCUCCCUACGAACUCCAUGGACUACUCCGAACAUGGAAACAAUCUUGUAGGAUUCACUGGUCCAUUAAGAAAUGGAAGGCAAACUUCAUUUAAGCAAUUGAGUGGCCCUUUAUAUGUUAGCAAUAAACACAUAGGCAACUUGCAGCCUAACCAAGGUGCAUUAAGGCGCAAAGCCACUGAGUCUAACUUUGAAAGAUAUCCUUCACUUGAUGGGAUGGUGCGUAAUGGUUGGCAAGAGGACAACUAUGCAGGAAGAAAUGAACAUCUUUUGAGGUCCGGGCAACUUGGAAUGUGCAAUGACCCAUAUUGCACGGUAUGCCCGAGCAGUUACAAUUUUAAGGGGCAGCAGAAGAUUUCGAGAACAUCAGAUAUAUUUGACACUAAGUUCCACAAUGUCCUUUAUGGAGAUGCAAAAGGUUGGGUAAAGAGAAUUUGUUCUUUCAUGCGCCCUUUUAUUCCAGGAGUAAUGAAUCCUCAUACAAAAAUUGUUCAGCAGUGGAACAAGUUCUUCGUAAUUUCUUGCUUAUUUGCAAUAUUUUUAGACCCGCUAUUCUUCUUUCUGCUGUCAGUGAUUCAGGAUAACAAGUGCAUGGUAUUAAACUGGCCCAUGACGACAACAGUUGUGGUUUUGAGGAGCUUGACUGACUUCAUUUACGUAAUUCACAUCCUUCUUCAGUUCAGGCUGGCUUAUGUUGCUCCUGAAUCUAGAGUGGUGGGAGCUGGAGAUUUAGUUGAUGAUCCCAAAAAGAUUGCUCGCAAUUAUCUUUCCAGUUAUUUUAUAAUAGAUGUCUUUGUCGCAUUGCCACUUCCACAAAUCAUUAUAUUAUUAGUCUUGCCAGACUCCAUGGGAUCAUCUGGAGCCAAUUAUGCAAAAGAUCUUUUGCGAGCUGCAAUUCUUGUACAGUAUAUUCCCAGACUCUGCAGAUUCUUGCCUUUUCUGGCUGGUCAGUCUGCAACUGGACUCAUCUUCGAGUCAGCGUGGGCAAAUUUCGUAAUAAAUCUCCUCACUUUCGUGUUGGCUGGCCACCUGGUAGGCUCAUGCUGGUAUCUCUUUGGCCUACAGCGAGUGAAUCAAUGUCUUCGAGAUGCAUGUCGAGAUUCCAACUUGGAUAAGUGUGUGAAUUUCAUCGACUGUGGGCAUGGCAACGAUUUUGGAGAAUUCCAGAAUAAUACGACGUGGGAACAAUGGAAGAUUAAUGAAAACGCGACUGCUUGUUUUGGGCAAGAUGGUUUCUCCUAUGGAAUCUAUGAACAAGCUGUCAAUCUAACCACAGAGCGAAGUGUAUCCACAAGAUAUAUAUAUUCAUUAUUUUGGGGGUUCCAGCAAAUUAGUACUCUUGCUGGGAAUCUAGUUCCGAGCUAUUUUGUGUGGGAAGUUCUUUUCACUAUGGGUAUCAUAGGAGCGGGACUUCUGCUUUUUGCUCUGCUGAUUGGAAACAUGCAGAAUUUUCUCCAGGCUCUUGGCCGCAGGAGGUUGGAGAUGUCUCUAAGACGCCGUGAUGUUGAGCAGUGGAUGAGUCAUCGCCGCUUGCCAGAAGAGCUAAGAAGGCUAGUUCGACAAGCAGAACGUUAUAAUUGGGCUGCAACCAGGGGAGUAAAUGAAGAACAGCUAUUGGAGAAUUUACCCGAAGACCUUCAAAGAGAAAUUAGGCGCCAUCUCUUUAAAUUUAUCGAGAAAGUCCGAAUUUUUCAACUUCUGGAUGAACCAAUUAUAGAUGCCAUAUGCGCAAGACUAAGAACAAAAACAUAUAUUGGAGGAAGUAAAAUCCUAUAUCGUGGUGGUCUUGUUGAUAAGAUGGUUUUUAUAAUCCGGGGAAAGAUGGAGAGCAUUGGAGAAGAUCUAAUUGUGGUUCCCCUGUCUGAAGGUGAUGUUUGUGGAGAAGAACUCCUUACUUGGUGCCUCGAGCAUUCUUCUGUAAAUAAAGAUGGAAGAAAAAUCAGGAUUCCAGGGCACAGAUUGUUGAGCAAUAGGCUUGUGAGAUGCUUAACAAAUGUAGAAGCAUUUGUAUUGCGCGCUGCAGAUCUUGAAGAAGUCACCAGUCUUUUUGCAAGAUUCUUGAGAAGCCCACGUGUCCAGGGGGCCAUUAGGUAUGAAUCACCUUACUGGCGAGGCCUUGCAGCGAGGAUAAUACAAGUUGCAUGGAGAUAUAGGAAGAAGCGGCUAAGUCGUACAGAAUCCUCUAUCCCACAACUUAAUCAUUGA